CAUGGACAUUUCUAUGCACAUAUUAAAUUGUUCAUGGACAUUUCUACAGAGAAUGUGCAGAGUGUACCUAAUCAACACCACUACCAUGAUGAUGAUGAUGACAGACAAAUUAGGGUUUAGAAGGUUUUGGGGCGGGUUGGGUCUUCCAUCAUCCUCUUCCAAUGUUAUCUCAUCAGAAUCUGCUUCUUCUUCCGAUCAUUCCUCGGGCACCAUCCAAAACCAAGACUACAGGUACGAUGUGUUCAUCAGUUUCAGAGGUUCUGACACCCGCAACUCUUUCGUUGAUCAUCUCUACUCUCAUCUUCUCCGGAAGGGUAUUUUUGUCUUUAAAGACGACCACAAGCUCCGCAAAGGAGAAUCCAUUUCAUCACAGCUUCUACAAGCAAUCAGAGGUUCUCGAAUUUCUAUCAUCGUCUUCUCCAAAGAUUAUCCUUCCUCCUCGUGGUGUUUGGACGAAAUGGCCACUAUAGCUGAUUGCAAACAGCAAUCUAACCAAACUGUUUUCCCUGUUUUCUAUGAUGUUGAUCCAUCUAUCGUUAGACAUCAGAGGGGGGCGUAUAAGAUUGAUUUCCUUGUACACAGAUUGAAAUUAAGAAAUGAGCCAAACAAGGUCCUUCGAUGGGAGAAAGCUAUGACGGAUUUGGCCAACUCAACUGGUUGGGAUGUCAGAUACAAGCCAGAAUUUCGGGAAAUUGAAAAAAUUGUUCAAGCGGUAAUAGAAACACUGGGUCAUAAAUUCUCUGGGUUUGUUGAUGAUCUUAUUGGGAUACAACCACGCGUACAAGCAUUAGAAGAUAAAUUAAGGUUAAGUUCAAAAAGUGAUGAUGUUCAAGUUUUAGGGAUUUGGGGAAUGGGUGGAAUAGGAAAGACGACUCAUGCAGUUGUGCUAUAUGACAAAAUGUCUCAUAGGUUUGAUGCUUCUUGUUUCAUUGAGGAUGUGAGCAAACUUUAUAGGGAUGGUGGCCAUACUGCUGUUCAAAAGCAAAUUAUUCAUCAAACUUUGGAUGAAAAAUGUCUAGAUACAUACAGUCCUAUUGAAAUAUCAGGGAUUGUAAGAAAUCGGCUACAUAAGAUAAAGGUUCUAAUAGUUCUUGACAAUGUUGAUGAAUUAGAGCAAUUGCAGGAACUGGCAAUAAAUUCUAAAUUGCUUUUCAGAGGAAGUAGAAUGGUUAUAAUCAGUAGGGAUGAGCAUAUCCUAAAAGUUUAUGGAGCUCAUGUAAUACACGAGGUUUCAUUAAUGAAUGAUAAAGAUGCUCGUGAAUUGUUUUAUACAAAAGCGUUCGAAAGUGAAGAGCAAAACAGUAGUAGCUGUGUGGAGUUGAUUCCUGAGGUACUCAAAUAUGCCCAAUGUCUUCCAUUAGCAGUUAGAGUGAUAGGGUCUUUCUUGUGUAGAAGAGAUUCUAGUGAAUGGAGAGAUACUUUGGAUAGAUUUGAGAACAAUCCAGAUAAUAAAAUCAUGGAUGUACUUCAAAUAAGUUUUGAUGGGCUACACUAUACGGAAAAAGAAAUAUUUUUACACAUUGCUUGUUUCUUUAAAGAAGAGAGGGAGGAUUAUGUUAAGCGAAUUCUGGAGUGUUGUGGAUUACACCCUCAUAUUGGAAUUCAAAGAAUGAUUGAGAAAUCUCUCAUAACAAUUAGGGAUCAACAAAUUCAUAUGCAUGAUAUGUUGCAAGAAUUGGGGAAGAAGAUUGUUCGCAACCAAUGUCCAGAAGAACCAGAAUCAUGGAGUAGAAUAUGGCUUUAUGAAGAUUUCUUUCAUGUGUUGACGACCCAAACGGGAACAAAUGAUGUUAAAGCCAUAGUUCUAAAUGAAAAGGAAGCUAUUUCAGAAUGUAGCAUCGACGGAUUGUCAAAAAUGAAGAACCUUAAAUUACUCAUAUUAUAUCAUAAAAGGUUUUCCGGAAGCCUUAAUUUUCUUUCUCAGAAGCUGCGAUAUUUCUUGUGGCAUGAUUAUCCUUUUGCUUCUUUGCCAUCAAGUUUUGCAGCCUCUGGCCUUGUGGAAUUGAACAUGCCUAAUAGUAGCAUCAACUGCUUAUGGGAAGGCCGCAAGGAUUUCCCAUGUCUGAAAAGAAUGGAUUUGAGUAACUCAAAAUAUCUUACGGAGACUCCUGAUUUUACUGGGGUCCCAAAUCUUGAGCGUCUGGAUCUUUCAGGAUGCACAGAUUUAUCGUUUGUGCACCCUUCAAUUGGGCUUCUUCAACAGCUUGCUUUCUUGAGUUUAAGAAAUUGUACUAAUCUAAUCAGCUUCAAAUUAGGCAACGGAUUUAAUCUAAGUUCUUUGAGAGUUCUACAUUUCUCUGGUUGCACUAAACUUGAAAACACGCCAGAUUUUACAGGGACAACAAUUCUUGAGUACCUUGACUUCGAUGGAUGUACAAGUUUAUCCUCGGUUCAUGAAUCUAUUGGAGUCCUUGCAAAGCUUACAUUCUUGAGCUUGAGAGACUGCACAAGCCUUGCUAGUAUACCUAGCAACAAUAAUAUCAUGAAAUCUCUUCAGACUCUAGAUUUCUCUGGCUGUUUUCAACUUACUGAUUUGUCCUUACGGUUUUUCAUUUCUUUAUCCAUGACCUCUUUAAUUCUUUUGGACAUAGGCUUCUGCAAUCUACUUGAAGUACCUAAUGCUAUUGGAGACUUGUUGUGUUUAGAAAGACUGAAUCUGCAGGGAAACAAUUUUGUUGCUAUACCACCUUCCAUUAGCAGGCUUAAGAGUCUAGCGUAUUUAAACGUGUCCCAUUGCCAUACGCUUCAAUAUUUGCCUAACCUUUCAAAAAUAAGUACUUCAUCAACUGGAAGGUACUUCAAAACGGUAUCUGGAUCUCGUGAUCACAGGUCAGGCCUAUAUCUUUUCGAUUGUACCAUGAUAACCAAUUAUUUCUAUCCGAAGGCCCGAUUCAAAGACCUAGAACUUGCAUGGCUUGUAAGACUAGCUAAGAAUCCAUGUUCUUUUCGGUGUGGCUUUGACAUUGUUGUUCCUUGGGGUUUGGAAUUUCCAAGGUGGUUAAAACAUAGAUUUGAAAGGGAUUCGGUUAUAAGGAUAGUGGAAUUUAAUGUGGAUGACAAUUGGAUUGGCUUUGUUUUCUGUGUUAUAUUUGAACGAAACAAUGGUCCUGUGGUUGCUAGGUCUUCUUCACAUCCGUUUUAUCUAUCUUUUGAAAGUGAAGACACAGAAGAAUACUUCGACAUGCCACUGAAUUUGGAGCGGGACAAAGUGGUGGAUAGUUCAAAGCAUCUUUGGAUUAUUUACAUCUCUCGAGAACACUGUCACUUUGUGAAAACAGGAUCACAUAUCUCAUUUAAAGCGCAUCCAAGUGUUAAGAUAAACGCAUGGGGGAUGAGGAGUAUAUUCCGGGAAGAUGUAAUUUAUUCUGAAUUGAUGCUUGAAGAACCUCGCCAUGUGAAGUUUGAUUUUGUAGAAAAAAGCAGCACCAACUCUGGUCCCAAAUUCCAGCUUCCUUACAAUUGGUUGGUCACAAAUGAAGACGAAGUUGAGAAUAUUGAUGCAAAGGCAAAAGAAAACAAUUUGUCAUAUGCAGGACUUUGAUAAAUACCCUAGCAAACACACCAGAGGCUUACAAACAUUGUUUUCUGUUAACAAUUAUUGAUUAAAUAUUUUCAUUCAUAAA